UGGAAAAUUAAAGCAGAACAGGACAGAGCAGAGCAGGAGUCAGCAACGAGAUUAAAAGAUCUCACAAAACAAACGUUAGGUGAUACAAAUCAAUGGGUUCGAAGGCAGCAGCAAUAACGAGUCCGGUCCCGGUGACAUGGUACCCAACCCUAGCAAUAUUCAUGCUGGCGAUCGGCCUUAUUGUCUCUGCUUCCUUCUUCAUCUACGAAGCGACCUCUUCAAGGAGAAAUCGCAGUUUGGCCAAGGAGCUUACUACAGGAGCAUUGGCCUCUUUCUUUCUGGGUUUUGGGUCCUUGUUCAUGUUACUUGCUUCUGGUGUUUAUGUCUGAGUUCUUCAUUUCGAACCAGUUAUAAUUAUGUUAAGCAGAAUUGGCUGCAUAUGAUGAGACGUUUAACUGUUAAUUUAGUUGAGAGUUUUGGUGAUCAAUGAGUUAUGGACUAUGAUCAUUAAUCAUUUUGAGUGAUUUAUGGAUUCAAUAGGCUAUCUAUCCUUUUCUUCA